UUUCCCACCACACAUCAUCGUAGUGGCUCGUCGCAACGUGCACUGUCACCCUGCAACUACUCCUUCCCCCCUGGGAGACGCAGCCCAAGCCUGCCUAUUGCGCUUGCAACUAUCACGGUUUUGCGCCUCGUGCACCAAGAAGUCUCGCUCCCACAGCUUUGUCCGAUUCGAUCGCCCAUACCUGGAACGACAGCAGAUUCAGUCGUCACUAUGGCGGGACGGCGACGGCGAACGUCGGAUUCGACGACUGGCACCAUCGAGAACGACAGACAAGCUUACGCCAAAGAAUUGAGCGUACUUAAAAGAUUUGAGCCGGCGAAGGGGGAUAUGCUGCAAACUUUUGUUCUUGAGGAUGCUAUGAUCUGCGACAAGAAGGGUCGCCCUGUUGAGCUCUUCACAGUCAACACUCAGGGUCCAUUCAUUGUGCGAGGUCGCGUCAUCAUCGACGGGCCGCAGACGGCAAGAGCUGUGAAACCUUCUACGAGAUCAGCCCUGAUCGAAACCCACGAAUGCACUCGCUACGCCAUCGGCGUUAGCAGCAACGGCUACGGAGCAUGGGCUGGGGGUGCGGCAGGAUGGUACGAAAUACGACCCCCGUCAGGCGCCUACAAGGAGAUAUUCGACCACACAAUCGAAGGUGUCUCGGUCUACUAUUCGAUCCUUGACAUUAUCGAAGAGCAUGCAGAAUCCCAGGAAUUAGGGGCCAACAAGAAGGGCCAAAAGCAAAAGAAGGGCAAAAAGGUCAAGCAGGCGGAUGUGACGACGGACACCCCCGAGGAACUGACCAUUGAGGCGUUGCUGUUUAAGUAUGCAGUAGCCAUGGGCGAUGGUGCUACACUCGACGAGGUCGAACAGCGCUGCGACGACCAUGCGUCGUUUCUUAUAUCCCAUUUCUACGAAGAGCCAGAAUUUGAUUGGGUGCCAACGCUAUUUUUCAGAUGGAUGACUGAGCGACACGUAGAUGUUCAUCAGAAGGUUCUCGAACUGAGGAAGAAGAAAUUGGCGGGCAUUAAGCCCGGUCCAUCGUUGCUCGAGGAGACCGAGACUGUGGUGACACCGGCUGUCUCUGAAGAACCAGUUGCGCAGAAGGCGUUGUCGAAACGAAAGCAAAGAAACACACCUGCUGGCGAUAGCCAGACCGACUCGCACGACUUUGCUCCCUCUGCACGAGACAUGAGGUCGAGAUCAAGGGGAAAGACGAAGACGCAGUCGCCCCCUGCCCUCGAAUCUCGGGGGGAAGCCAUGGCGGUGUACGUUACUCCUGAGGUUCCACAUCAGACGGAAAUUGUCACCAUGGCUCAUCACCGAUCCAACGUGGACGCCCUCCUAGAAGCUAUCGAGGACAUUAAACCUGAAGUCGAACCAUUAAACAAAGCAGCGUUCUCCAAGGUGUCAUCAAGGCUGUACUACAAGUACAAGGUCAAAGCCUAUUUGGGAGCGGCGGACAUCCUCAAGUACUAUGCAAAAGAGCUGUUUGAACGGCUGAAUCAGGAUGAGUGGAGAGGGUCUGCUUUCUGGAAAUCGCUCGAGGAAUCUGCCCAAGCCCCUCGCAUCUCUCUUUACCACAUUAAACUUGACCAAAUUCCUGACGCCCUAAUUCGACGGAGGGCCAAGGAAGUAUCAAUAGCACGGAAUCGCUGGCCGUCACUCCCCAACAAUGAGGCGCAUAGGACCGCAAACGUUGCGACUCCUCCUCCAAGACGUGUUGGCCGACCAGCGGGAAAGAUGUCGGGCCUUCGUCUUGCAGGCACCGGAGGUAAACGACGCUAUGAUUCUGGAGACGAGACUCCAGAGAGCAUCUCCCGGCAGAUUGCAAAGAGAUUCCAUGCCGACGAUUCAGGCGAGGAUGAAGUCAUGAAUGAUGGUAGCAGCUCUGAUGAUGACGAUUCCAGUGUGGACUCCGCAGAAUCGCCUACCGCAUUGAAGGUGGUCGUACGAGCAGAGAACAUUCCAACAUCAAUACCCAAAGGGCCGAACGGCACCUGGGUCUGUGACGAAGACGACUGCGGGUUCGUAGAGCGAAACCCAGAAUCAGAGGACGGACGAGUGAGAAUCAACGACCACAUGCAAGAUGCGCAUUACCACGAAGACGAGAACCAGGUUCAACGCAUCCACUUAGCAGUGACGGAGGGUGACAAGAAUCACCUCCCCAUAGAGUAUUUCUCCCCACCCCCGUCUCCUGAAUUUAGAUAUGCUUGUGUUUCGGACGAACCACCAGAAGUUUCCCCUUUUGGAACACAAAUCCAAGUGGAUCUGUUCCAGACGGGGACGAAAAAAACAUCCUCGAAGCAUGCCGAAUCUGAUAUGGACAAGGCAAACGAGAAUACCGUUCUAUUUCCCCAGUCUGUUCAGCCGUUCUUCGAAUUAAGGUUUUCUAACAGGAUUCUAGUCAUCUACUCGAGAAGAUCCGCCAAAUGGGCCAUAAGAUUCAAGCGAAGGAAGAAUUGGAGAUAA